AUGUCGAUACGGGCAGACGACGAUUACGACUACCUCUUCAAAGUGGUCCUGAUUGGGGAUUCGGGCGUCGGCAAAUCGAACCUGCUGUCCCGUUUCACGCGAAACGAGUUCAGCCUGGAGUCCAAAUCCACGAUCGGCGUCGAGUUCGCCACCCGCAGCAUCAACGUCGACGACAAGGUCAUCAAAGCGCAGAUAUGGGACACCGCCGGCCAGGAGAGGUAUCCCGCAUCUCGCCGGCUUGAAUGUUCAUCGUUUUCGAAGAUUCCAAUAGUGUUUCUCUUCCCUGUUUUCCUCCGGAUCAAAAUUGGCGUAUAGAUUCCUCGAUCUGGAUUUUACUCCUUUUAUUCAUAGACUUACAAAGCGUCCGAAUGCACAUUGUGCUUUCUUUUCGCUGAUCGUGCAUUCAUUCCAUAGAGAAGAGAUAAGCACACCAUCUAUACUGGUCUGCCGUGAUUGUUUUUCGCUAACAGUUAGAUCUGGAAAUCAGAUGGAGAGGAAGAAUGUGAAAUGCUGGCCGUUCACUAAGGUUGAGAUUGGGGCAUUUUAUAUCACCGGCGAAGAUUCUAUAGUGGCGAGCUUGAGACCUAGGAUUUCAUGACACAAAACUACUGGAUGGAAUGUAACUUAGAGCUUCAGCCUGCUGAUUUCAUCUCUAUCUUUCCAACCCGGCUUCUCCCCCAAUUUUAGGUGGAUCUCUGGCCUAUGUUUUCUGUCUGCCUGCUACUAAUCUACAGCGGUAGAGAAAGGGCAAACUGACCUCGUUUACCCCAUCUGGUAGGUUUUUGUUCUUUCUCUCUUUUCCCUGACUGUCUGGAAGCAGAGAUACUACCUUGCAAUUCCAUGAUCAUGCAUCAUACUUACAUUCAUAUUGCAUGAUCCCGCAUCUCCCUCUGUCCUCCAGAACUCUACGUUCAGGCCAUUCUUGUGUUUCUCUUUCUCCUUUCAGGACCUGCACAUUAAUGGCGACCGUAUGUUUCACUGUCCGCCCUUUUUGUUUACAGAUUUUGUCCCCUAUUCUUGCUUGGUAAAGACCCUGUUCGAACUUCUUCUCUUCUGAGGAGGGACAGGCUGCCCUCUUCUCUCCUCUUUCUCUCUUUCUCUCUCUUUCUGUCUCAAUCUCGCUCCCUCGCUGAGUCACUGUCUCACCAUUAAUAUCAGACACAAACAUGGAAAUGUGGGUCUCUUCUUCCAGAAAAGAAGGAAUGUGUCAUGAUUUUGGCAUUCUUUUGACGUUAAAUGGCAGUUCUUUCUUCUGUUCUGCCCUUUCUUCUUCGGACUAUCGACCCCAUUCGGUGAAAGAGCUGCCAUGAUUUCGCAAUAACUGUUCCUCUGCGUGUUAAAUCUCCAUAUGAAAUGAGAGUUCUGGUUUCCCAGCUGCUGACGAAAAAAAUUCUCCUUAUUUUCUGAAGAUACAGGGCCAUAACCAGCGCCUACUACCGAGGAGCUGUAGGCGCUCUGCUCGUCUACGACGUCACGCGCCACAUCACGUUUGAAAACGUGGAGCGGUGGCUGAAGGAGCUGAGGGCCCAUACAGACUCCAAUAUCGUCAUCAUGCUCGUGGGCAACAAGGCGGAUCUACGCCACCUGAGGGCGGUUCCCACUGAAGACGCCCAGGCAUUUGCCGAGAGGGAGAACAGUUUCUUCAUGGAGACCUCCGCCCUUGAAUCAAUGAACGUGGGGAAUGCCUUCACCGAAGUGCUCACUCAGAUCUACCGCGUUGUAAGCAAGAAGGCCCUCGAGGUGGGGGACAACCCAUCGGCGGUCCCAGAUGGGCAGACUAUCAACAUGGGCACCAAGGACGACGUUUCGGCCAUGAAGAAGGUUGGAUGCUGCUCGGUUUAG